AUGAUAAUUGAAGGUCAAGACAGAUCUUCCUCAGCCCCGCUCAGCCGUCGCACCUUCACGGCAGAGCUUCCCGCCCACGGGCCAGGCGCCUGCAGGGCCACGGACACGCUGCCCGUGGGCAUCCCGCACGUCAUCGCGCGGCGGCACAAGCAGCAAGGGCAGGCGGCCUACAGGGACAGCUGGCUCCUCAGGGACGGCCUCAACAAACCUGAAAGUACUGAGCAGAGACAAAAUGGCCUUAAAAUGGUGGACCAAGCAAUAUGGUCCAAAAAGAUGUCAAAUGGUGCAAGGCGUAUACCAGUGUCACCUGAUCAGGCCAGAUUAUACAACAGACAAAUGCGGCCAGCUAUUUUAGAUCACAGCUCUGGGGCCAAGUGGACAAACACAUCGAAUCAUCCUGAAUUUUUGGUAGGAGAAGAGGCACUGUAUGUUAAUCCACUAGAUUCUUAUAAUAUACAUUGGCCUAUUAGAAGAGGGCAGUUGAAUCUUCACACAGGACCUGGUGGCUCCCUCACUGCAGUGUUAGCAGACCUUGAAGUUAUAUGGUCACAUGCAAUACAAAAAUACCUGGAAAUACCACUGAAAGACUUAAAGUACUACAGAUGCAUUUUACUAAUUCCAGACAUCUAUAAUAAACAACAUGUGAAAGAACUGGUAAAUAUGAUCCUAAUGAAGAUGGGCUUCUCAGGAAUUGUUGUACACCAGGAGUCUGUCUGUGCUACCUUUGGAAGUGGUUUAAGCAGUGCAUGUAUAGUAGAUGUGGGAGAUCAGAAGACAAGUGUUUGCUGUGUAGAAGAUGGCGUUUCCCAUCGCAACACCAGGCUGUGCCUUGCGUAUGGAGGAUCCGAUGUGUCAAGGUGUUUUUAUUGGCUUAUGCAACGAGCAGGCUUCCCAUACAGAGACUGUCAGUUAACUAGUAAGUUGGAUUGCCUGCUGCUUCAGCACCUAAAGGAGACAUUCUGUCAUCUAGACCAGGAUAUUUCUGGAUUGCAAGAUCAUGAGUUCCAAAUUCGACAUCCGGAUUCUCCAGCUUUAUUAUACCAGUUCCGAUUAGGGGAUGAAAAGUUACAGGCUCCAAUGGCUCUGUUUUAUCCAGCAACUUUUGGAAUUGUUGGACAAAAAAUGACAACUUUGCAACACAGGUCACAAGGUGACCCUGAAGAUCCUCAUGAUGAACAUUAUCUGGUAGCCACUCAGAGUAAGCAGGAGCAGUCUGCAAAAGCUACAGCUGAUAGAAAAUCUAUGUCGAAGCCUGGUGCGUUUGAGGGAGACUUGAGAGGCCAAGCCUCAGACAUCUCAGAGAGGAUCUACCCACAAGAAGUGGAACUGGGAUCUUCCCAGAGUGAUUGUAUGAUAUCUGGAAAUGAUUCAGAGGAGCCUUUAAGUGCACACAUGUCCAGGAAAACAGCUAUUACUCAGUUUGAAGGCAAAGCCUUGGGCCUUGACAAAGCUAUUCUUCAUAGUAUUGACUGCUGUGCAUCUGAUGAUACAAAAAAGAAGAUGUACAGCUCCAUCUUAGUAGUGGGAGGGGGCCUUAUGUUUCAUAAAGCUCAAGAGUUUCUUCAACACCGAAUUCUCAACAAAAUGCCACCUUCUUUCAGAAGAGUUGUUGAAAAUGUUGAAGUCAUCACAAGACCUAAGGAUAUGGAUCCCCGCUUAAUUGCAUGGAAAGGAGGUGCAGUUUUAGCCUGUCUUGAUACAACUCAGGAGCUAUGGAUAUAUCAGCGAGAAUGGCAGCGUUUUGGUGUCAGAAUGUUACGAGAGCGAGCUGCAUUUGUAUGGUAAUGGAUAUGUUUACAGUGGAACCUGAUUAACUGAGGAUUCCUUUCCCCAAAUGCCCCUUUUUUCCAGUGCAGAUAUAUUGAUCUUCUGCUGAUAAUUUUGUAUGUUAUUAAAAUUAACUUCAGCUGAGAUUUUUCCAAAA